AUGGGGCUGUUAGGUCAAUCUGAAGAGAUCUUUUUGGGCACUGUACUUGCUAACGAUCUAGAUGACUGGGACAUCAACGACAAAAUAUUCACAUUCAUUGAUGAAGAUGACAAUAAACUUUUUAGGUUAAACAACGCGACCGGUCAGUUAUACACAAGAACUAAACUGCAUGAUGAAUCCUAUAAUAUAUUUGUGAGAGUGUAUGACAUGAGAUGGAAGCAUGGAGUCACUUCAACUGUGAAAUUGGCUGUAACGAUGGUGCCCAAUAAGGUCAUCUCUAAUGCUGCAUCAGUCAAAUUGCUAGAAUCUGACAGACGCAGAGACUGUUACAACAUGCAACGAAAAAUAAAUAACAGAAUUAGAAUGAUUAAGCAUAACAAGCAUUGA